UAAUAUUAAAACAAGAUUUUGAUACUUUAUAAAGAUAUUUAUUACGCAAUUUUUAGAAUAAAAUAUAAUUUGCCUCAUUUAUGAUUGUAAUCAUUGAAAAAUGUAACUAUUAUAUAUUCUGUACAAAUUUUUUUACAGAUUGCAGCGCACAACAUUUGAAUAUAUUUUAAAUAUAAUUAGUGAUGCUCUUACUCGAAAAACAAAAGGUUGUAAAACAAUUCCACCUCGUCAACAAUUUAUGAUUGCCCUAUGGAAAAUGGGUACAAUGGAUUCCUACAGAUCCAUUUGUGAUCGCUUUAACGUGGGAAGGGCUACAGCGUUGAGAGCUGUCAGAAGAGUCACACAUGCAUUAUUCAAUCUGGCUCCUCAAUAUAUUUCUUGGCCUUUGGGUGAUAAAGCUCAACUUACAAUGCGCAAAUUUGAAGAAAAUAGUGGUUUUCUAAGGACGAUUGGCGCUAUAGACGGAACACACAUUAAAAUUGAAGCACCUAAAGAAAAUUCUAUAGAUUAUAUAAAUCGAAAAGGAUACCAUUCCAUUCAACUUCAGGUGGUAUGUAAUUACAGGGCAAUGAUUACUCAUUGUUAUGUGGGUCAUCCAGGAUCAGUUCAUGACCAGAGAGUCUUUAGACAAUCGGAAGUUGCUGAAUAUUUAAAUGAUGACAGCAAAUUUCCUUUCGAUAGUCAUUUAGUUGGAGAUUCUGCGUAUGAACUGCAUCAACACCUCUUGGUUCCGUUUAAAGAUAACGGACAUUUGACCGCUGCACAAAAAAUUUUAAUUUCCGUCAAUCGUCUGCCAAAGUUGUUGUUGAAAGGUGUUUUGCACUUUUAA